CUGUGAAAUCCUUUAUUCAUAGAAAAAACCUCCAAGUGUUUCUGCUUCGGCUGAGCAACGAUCUCUUACUUCCCCACCCUAGGAAUUGUCACUUCUUUGCUACAUUGCAGCCUGUGCUUUCUUCCCGACAAUUCCUCUUUUCCCCUUGUGCUCCAACUCCCUUGGCUUACUCAGAGCUUUCCUUAGUGGGAUCCACUUCUCUCUCUACUCACUCUGUUUUCUUUUCUUUUCUUUUUUGUUUUUACAUUUUAAACAAGAAAUGUAUCAUGACUUCGCGGAUUUUCAUGUGCUCGAGGGAAUUGGGGUCGUUAAGCCCAUGGAAGCUUCAAGACCUAUGGUGGAGAGACGAGCCAGGCCUCAAAACGAUCAAGCUUUGAACUGUCCCAGGUGUAAUUCAACUAACACCAAGUUUUGUUACUAUAAUAACUACAGUCUUUCUCAGCCAAGAUACUUCUGCAAGACUUGUAGAAGGUAUUGGACAGAAGGUGGUUCCCUCAGGAAUGUUCCUGUUGGAGGAGGUUCAAGAAAGAACAAGAGAUCUUCUUCAUCUUCAUCAUCAUCAUCAUCACCAUCAAUAGCUUCAUCAAAUAAGGUUGGUGAUCUGACCCCACCUGGUCCUGCUUCUCAAAACCCUAAGAUCCAUGAAGGUCAAGACCUUAACCUAGCUUAUCCACCACCAACUGAAGAUUACAAUAGCUUUUCAAAAUUCGUAGAGGUUCCGUAUGGCACUGGUAGCAAAAGCAACCAUCAUAACUCUAGCUCCUCCCCAACUUCGACUCAUCUCAAUGCCACGGAGCUGCUGAAGACUGGACGAGGAUUGAGUUCGUUCAUGUCGAUGCCGGUUUCUGAUUCCAAUACCGUGUACUCAAGUGGAUUUCCAAUGCAAGACUUAAAAGCGACUCUCAAUUUUUCUCUCGAUGGAUUUGAAACUAGCUAUGGGAGUCUUCAAGGGGUACAAGAAAGUGGUGCAAGGCUUUUGUUUCCUAUGGAGGAAUUGAAGCAGGUUCCAAGCACUAACGAAUUGGAGCAAAGUGGAAGGCAAGGAGAAUCUACUGGAUAUUGGAGUGGAAUGCUGGGCGGAGGAGGACAUUGGUGAAAUGAACAGAAAAAUUUAACAACAUGGUUAAACAGGACGGAAGCUGGUGUUCUCUUUAUUGCUUUUCUUCUUGCAUGGUGGUGACUAGUUUGAAGUUUGAUUACUAACAGUUAGGGUACAUGGGCUUCUGUCUUUCUUUCAGCUUUAGCCUUUUACCCAUUUCCCUUUUACUUGUAAUGCUGUAGUACCUUUCUCUACUCUUUGAUCAGUGUGAGUGUUUGAAGCUUCUUUUUAGGUCGGCUUCAAAAGGUUGACAUUAAAUGCUGUGCAUAUAUGUAAAGGUCCAGAGGACUAUAUAUGUGGCUAGGCGCCAAGCUUAAAGACUCAUUUUUCUUCUUUUCUUUCGAGAACUUCGGCCUUAAGCUAUAAGAGACAAGAGAGGAACUAGAUUUCUUGGCCGCUUGCUGCUUCUUGGGGUUGCCAUUGCACUGUGAAUUUGGUUCACAUGUUUUCCACCGCAGCAUGGGGGUUAUUCAGGGCCCCUUCUCCUGCGUUGUAUGUUGUUUAUCUUUUAAUAAUGUGCCAUGUUGUUAGGUAGCCAAAGACAAAAAAACCAAAGCCUGUUAGUAGCUUAAUGAACAGAAUGAUUUUUGUUGAAUUAAAA